AUGCCAGAUACGACGGCGCCGGUGCCCCCGGCCACCUGGAACCAGAGCCCGAGAGUCCUGGCUCUUCAAGAGAGCCACAACGAGUAUGGCUCCUACUGGAUCCGCCUCCUGGGGUCCAUUUCGGCCUCGGGAUGGCCCCAAACCCUCCUCCUCCUCGCCGCCCUCCUCCUUGCCUCGAGAGCCUACCGGCAGGGACGAACCCUGCCGGUACGGCGCGUAUCGGUCGACUCGGUCGUCCUCGACGUCCUCUCCCAGAUCUUCCGUUUUUCCGCCCUCGUCUUCGUCGUCAUCGCGGCGGCGGAGACGGGCGGCCACGCUGCCGACAGCGUCGUCGUGGGAGCCGUCUUCGGGCUCGGACUCUCGGACCUCCUGCCCUCCACCCGCUGGCGCCAGAGCUGCCUGGCGGUGGUGAACCUGCUCCUCGUCGGCGCCUUCGUCCUCCUGGCGGCCCAGGAGCUCCUUCCCUGGUUCGAGAUCCGGCCGGAGCGCCAGCACAACACCAUGGCCGUGCUGGCCACCCUGUCGCUUGCCGCUGCGGUGUUGACAGCAAUGGUCACACCCAAGGCAUGGCGCCCACCAGCGCAUGUUCGGCCGGCCUGGGCGGCGGCGGCGGCGGCGGUGGCGGCAGACGAGGAGUCGCCCAUCGGCCCCAGCGCGGAGGAGACGGCCAGCUUCGUCAGCCGGUACUGCUGGUACGGCUGGCUCAGCCCCCUGGUGUACAAGUCCUUCGCCAGCGAGGCCGUCAUCGGGAUGGACGACCUGCCGGGCCUCCCCUGGUACGACGAGCCCAGGCUCUUGCGGGCCAGGAUGAGCGGGGCCAGGCAGGGGGGCAGGCGAACGCUCGAGUCCGUCCUCCGCUUUCUUUCCUGGGAGCUCGCCUCCAUGGCCGUGUGGGUCGCCCUGGCGACCGUCUUUGAGCUCGUCGUCCCCCUAGCCAUGUUCAACUUCUCGGCCUACUUCGAGAGCCCGCAGGCGGCGCAGCUGCGCCCUUCGUUCUGGAUCGCGCUCGGCUUCGCGAGCUACAUGGUCCGCUCGCAGACCAGCCAGCAGUACAUCUUCAUCUCGACGCGCCUGUGCGUGCGCCUCAAGUCGGGCAUGACGCAGGAGCUGUACCAGACGGCCAUGGGCAGCAUGGAGCUGUCGUCGGCUGUGAUCGGGGACCUCGUCGGCAAGAAGGAGAGGCCGCCAGGCGCACCAGCCAAGGGAAAAAGCUCCAAGACGACACCCGCCGGCCAGCUUGCCAACCUCAUGUCGUCCGACAUUGACGCCAUCUACAAGGCGCGCGACUUUGUAAUCACCAUCGUCAGCGUCCCGAUCAGCUGCUUCUUCAUCUGCCUGGGCCUGUACCAGCUGCACGGGUGGCCCGCGCUGGCCGGGUUCGCCGUGAUUCUGUUGAGCAUCGUCCUCCCUCUCAAGCUCGCUACCAGGAUGGCGCAGGCCCAGAAAGAGGCCAAGAAGAGCCAGGACAAGCGCAUCUCGCUCGUCUCCGAGUACCUCGGCCUCAUCCGCCCGAUCAAGUACUUCGCCUGGGAGGACAUGGUGGCGAGGCGCAUCCAGCACGUCAGGGUCAAGGAGCAGGCCCGGCUGUGGACGGUGGCGCUCAUGCAGGCGCUGAUGGCCCAACUCACCGAGAGCAUCCCCAUCCUGGCCGUCGUCGUGAUCCUGGCCUGCCACGUCUGCGUCGUCAGAGAGCCGCUCUCGGCCGCCGGCGCCUUCACGACCAUCUACCUGACCACGACGCUGCGCGGCAACCUCACGAACCUGGGGAGCAUCUGGCGCAAGGGUCAGAACGCCUGGAUAUCUAUCGGCCGGCUCGACACCUUCUUCACCAAGGUCACGCCCCUGGCCAAGUACCCCGAGGGCCCGCUGAGGCUCCGCAACGCGUCCUUCCAGAAGGGCGCCUUCACGCUCGACAAUAUCACGCUCGGCCGCGACGACAUUGUCGAGGGAGGACUGCACGUGCUCUCGGGCGACUCGGGAUCCGGCAAGACGACGCUUCUAAGGUCGAUACUGGGCGAGGUCAGCCUCGUGGAGGACGACGAUGAGGGAACCCGGCGAGGCCCAAGGGUGACGCGGCCGAGCAGCGCCGUCUACGCCUCGCAGACGCCCUGGCUGAUGAACAUGACGAUCAAGGACAACAUCGUGUUCUACGCCGACUUUGACCACGCGCGCUACAACCGGAUUGUUACAGCAUGCUGUCUCGAUGACGACCUGAUGGUGCUCCCCAAAGGAGGCAUGACGAUGGCGGGCGAGAACGGGUCUGCUCUAUCUAGAGGACAGAGGGCCCGUGUCGCGCUCGCGCGCGCGCUCUACGCGGCCAAGGAGGGCUCGCUGGUGCUCCUGGACGACAUCUUCGCCGCGCUCGACAGCCGGACCAUCAACCAGGUGUGGCAGCGGUGCUUCUGCAGCGAUCUUCUCCAGGGCCGAACCGUCGUCCUGGCCACGCGGCUGGAGCAGGUGCUGAGCCAGAGCGACCGCCACUUCGUCAUGGACGGCGGACGCAUCGUGGCCAGGGACAGUCGCGUCGUCAGCGAGCGGCAGUCCAUCGACGUGCCAGCCGUGCACCCGGACGAGGGCGGCGACGAGGGUGCCGCAGACGUGCGCAAGGAGGCGGCGGCCAUGCGUGAUGACGCCGCCACCACCACCACCACCACUGAGACUUCUGUGCACCAUGCCGAACCAGAGGCAGGACCGAGCACUUGGCCGCCCGCCACUCUCAACCGGCAGCUGUCAGUCCUUCUACAAUACCUGCACUUCUUUGGCACGCCCGGAUACAUCGCCACCGUCCUCUGCAGCACCACCAUGACCCACCUCGCCUACAUGGCCAGUUCCCGCUGGCUCGCGCACUGGGUGUCGGCCUACCAGGACGGCCUCGCCACCCCGUCGAGCCCGCGCGCGCUGCACUACCUCGGCGUCUUCGCGCUCCUGUGCGCGCUCGAGGCCCUCUUCGCCCUGGCGCGGCUGCUCCUCUUCGCCAACGGGGCCUGGAUCGCGGCGAAACGGCUGCACUCGGCGCUGGUGGCGGCGGUGCUGGGCGCGCCGCUGGGCUGGCACGACGCGACGCCGGCGGGGCGCGUGGUCAACCGGCUCUCGCGCGACGUCGACUCGCUCGACUCGGACCUGAACCGCUCGCUCAUGGCGACGCUCGGCCUGACCGUGUCCACCGCCGUGCGCCUGCUGGCCGUGACGGCCGUGCUGCCCGUCUUCGUGGCGCCCGCCCUGGUCUUUGGCGCCCUCGGCGGCCUCGCCGGCGAGUUGUACACGCGCGCCGCCGUGCCCGCCAAGCGGCUCGUCUCAUCCGCCCAGAGCCCCGUCUUCUCGCUCAUGGGCGACACGCUGGCGGGUCUGGCCGUGAUCCGCGCCACGAGCGGCGGUCUGUUCCAGGACCUGCUCGCCGACCGCCUGCGCGACUACUCGAGGGCCAUGGAGGCCAACUACAACCUCAACAGGUGGGUGGCGGUCCGCAUCGACCUGGCCGCUGCUUGUAUCAUGCUCUUCGCUGGCGUGAUUGCCCUAUUUUUCGGCUCAUCGAUACCUGCCGCCAUGAUCGCCUUCUCCAUGUCCCAAGCCACGGGCCUGGGCGAGACGAUCCUGAAGCUUGUGCGGUCGACCAACGAUCUGGAGGUGGAGCUACAAAGCUUUGCCCGAGUCCGCGAGUACAUAGAGAUCAAGCCCGAGGACGCAGACGAAGACGAUCUAGACCCGGAGCCGCGCGCCUCCUGGCCCGAGCACGGCGGCGUGGUGUUCGACCGGGCCACGGUGCGGUACCGGCCCGACGGGCCCGACAUCCUGCGCGACGUCAGCCUCUCCGUCGCCCCGGGGGAGCGGUGCGCCGUGGUCGGGCGGACGGGCUCGGGCAAGAGCACGCUGAUGCUGUCGCUGAUGCGCUUCACGCACGUGGCCUCGGGCGCCAUCACGUACGGCGGCCUCGACGUCUCGGCCGUGCCGCGCCGCGUCCUGCGCUCGCGCCUGACCGUCAUCCCGCAGGAGGCCGUCCUGCUCGCCGGCUCGGUCCGCUCCAACCUGGACCCGACGGGCGAGGUGCCCGACGACGAGCUCAACGCGGCCCUCGCCGAGUGCGCCAGGAGCGCGUCGCUCUCGCACCUUGUUGUUGCUAACGAUGGUGAUGAUGAGGAGGAGGAGCAAGACAUGGGAGGUAGCAGCAGCAGUGGCCCAGCAGCGCCUCGUGAAGGUGCAAAGCAGCAGGCGGGGGGCGGGGAGGCACAAGAAGAACAAGAUGAGCAGCAACAGCACGCAGAAGAAGUCGAAGAAGACGAAGAGGAACCUUCGGAACGGACCGCCCUCUUGGGAAUACGCCCCGCCACCACAUCACCAACACCAGCACCCGCCCAGGCGGCGCGCACGACGGGCCUCAGCCUAGACAGCGAGGUCGAGCCGGCCGGGGCCAACUUCUCGCACGGGCAGCGGCAGAUCCUGUCGCUAUGCCGGGCGCUCGUGCGGUCGCGCACCAUGCGGCCGCCGGGCCGGCUCAUGAUGCUGGACGAGGCCACGGCCUCGAUGGACGACAAGGCCGACGAGAUGGCCCAGGACGUGCUGCGCUGCGAGCUGGCGCGCGACGAGGAGGAGGAGGAGCAAGGCCACAACCCCAAGGACCCCGAACGCGACCGCGGCCGCACCCUCAUCACCAUCGCGCAUCGCCUCUCGACCAUCAUGGACUACGACAAGGUCGUCGUCAUGGACCAGGGAACCGUCAGGGAGGUCGGCGUACCCCGCGAGCUAGAGCACAAGCCGGGCUCGCUUUUUGCCGAGAUGGUGCUCGCUGAGCGGCUUAGAUCCGAGUGA